AUGUCUCAAUUCAGCAGCAACCUAAUCGGACUCCUCAACUUCCUAACCCUGUUCCUCUCAAUCCCCAUCCUCGUGAUGGGCGUAUGGCUCCACAAACAAUCCACCACCGAAUGCGAACGCUUCCUCGAGAAGCCAAUCAUCGCCCUCGGUAUUUUCCUCUUGGUGGUUUCUCUCAUGGGAUUAAUCGGUGCUUGUUGCAGAGUUUCGUGGCUUCUCUGGUUCUACCUCCUCGUCAUGUUCUUACUCAUCGUUCUUCUUUUCGCUUUCACCAUCUUUGCCUUUGUUGUUACUAAUAAAGGGGUGGGUGAAGCGGUCUCCAAUCGCGGGUAUAAGGAGUAUAAGCUUGGGUAUUAUUUGAAUUGGUUGCAGAAUAAGGUUGCGGAUGGGGGUAAUUGGAAAAGGAUUAGAAGUUGUUUGGUGUCCGGGAAGGUUUGUGAGGAUUUUCAAGCCAAGUUUGGAAAAGAUAGUGUUGAACAAUUUCAUGCUCAGAAGUUGUCUGCUCUUCAGGUUAGGGUUUUUAUCUUCUUUUUUAUUGAAUUGAAUUGGAUUUCUGUUCUUGAUGAUUGUUGA